ACAGCCGGGCCGGUUGGGUUUUGGUUUGGUUUUUUUUUUUUUUUUGCCUCUUCCCUUGCUGUUGACAGUAAUAAUGAAGCUUUGUCAGCCCAUCAUGGACAUGGAUAUGCCUGAUUAUGUUGACUCCUUGGAUUCCUCUUAUACCAUGCUGGAAUUUGACAACCUUCGGGUGCUCCCCAAUAACCCAGAGAGCUCGAAUGGUCUCUGUUCUCUGCCCACAGAGACCAUCACAGCUGAAGCAGCAGCCCCCAACCUGCUCACCAAUGGCAUCUCUUCUCUCUGCUCCAUCUGUGGGGACCGAGCCACCGGCAAACACUACGGAGCAUCCAGCUGUGAUGGCUGCAAAGGCUUCUUCAGGAGGAGUGUCCGCAAGAACCACGUCUAUUCCUGCAGGUUCAGCCGACAGUGUGUGAUAGACAAAGACAAGAGGAACCAGUGCAGGUACUGCAGGCUGAAGAAAUGCUUCAGAGCUGGCAUGAAGAAGGAAGCCGUGCAGAACGAGCGUGACCGGAUCAGCAUCCGCAGGAGCAGCUAUGAGGACAAUGGCUCACUCUCCAUCAGUGUCCUCACCCAGGCUGAGGCCAUGGCACAGCAGUAUUCAUCGUUGAGUCCAGUGCACAGUGCAGAUAUUGCAAUGAAGAAGGUGGCAACCAUCAACGAUGUGUGUGAGUCCAUGAAACAGCAGCUUCUGGUGCUGGUUGAGUGGGCAAAAUACAUCCCAGCAUUUUGUGAGCUCCCACUUGAUGACCAGGUUGCCUUGCUCAGAGCCCACGCAGGGGAACAUCUGCUCCUUGGGGUAGCCAAGAGAUCCAUACCCUACACUGAUUUUCUGUUAUUAGGGAAUGACUUCAUCAUCCCAAUGCACUGUCCAGAACUGGAAAUUGCUCGUGUGGCCACCAGAAUCUUGGAUGAGUUGGUGAAGCCCUUGAGGGACAUCCAGAUUGAUGACAAUGAGUAUGCUUGCCUUAAAGCCAUCAUCUUCUUUGACCCAGACUGCAAAGGCCUGAGUGAGCCUGGGAAGGUGAAGAACAUGCGUUUCCAGGUCCAGGUCAACCUAGAGGACUACAUCAACGACCGGCAGUACGACUCCCGAGGCCGGUUCAGUGAUAUCCUCCUCCUCCUGCCCCCUCUUCAGAGCAUCACCUGGCAGAUGAUAGAGCAAGUCCAGUUUGUGAAGCUCUUUGGUGUGGCCAGGAUUGACAGCUUGCUUCAGGAGAUGCUGCUGGGAGGAACAACCAUUGAUCUCCAGUACCAGUCAGGACCUCCCAACCUCAACCUGGAACCUCUGCCAGGCCAUGUCAUGCCAAGCAACAUGAGCUCUGUGAUUCACACUGCUCCAGACCCAUCUCCUGAAACAUCCCUUCCAUCUCCUUCUACAAGCACAGGCAGUGAAGACUAUAAACUAGGCUCUAGCACAGGACCCAACGCCGUAGCACAGCUCUUGCCUCAGACAGUGAUGCCCAAGCAGGAGAUUUUAUAGGGAGAGGUGGAAGGAGAAGCUGGGAGCAAUGUAAAUGAAACCUGGGCAGAAAGUGAAACAGGCCCCUUUCUUUUGCAGAGGCAAAGCACAGCAGCCCCCUGCCUGCAGCCACAUCUGUUGGGCACCCCAUUUCCCGGCCAAGUUGACCACCAGGUCCCACCAGACUUCAGCAGGAGCCUCACCAGGGGUCUUCCCACCACCAGCACCCUCCUGUCACAAGUGAUUUAUUUGGGUUAAUGCUCUUUUCAGCAGCAGGACCAAGACUCAAAGCUCUUUGGGGCAGGGCUUCUGACUGCAAUCACUCAUCACCUCACUUGCCGUCAUCGUGUCCCUUUUUAAAGCCUUUGGCCACCAUCUUCAUAAAACCAAAAGCCUUACCUGGUGAUUGUAUUUGAAUUAUCAGUCUAUUCCCACUAAAAGUUUAGUGACACUCCCAUUUCUCCUCCUGCCCAUUAAGCUUUAGGAACAGCAUCUCCAUAAUCAGCAGCCCAAUGCUUUUUGAUUCCACGUGGAUGUGUCAAACCCCAAAUAGCCCAGCAUUUAAUUGCCUGUCAGUUAUUACUUGUCAUCAGGAAUGGUUAUUUUUCCAAAAUUUCCAGUAUAUCUAGGGUCCAGCUGGGAGCCAAUGCAUCAUCUCCUUUGUGUGCAUGCCUAAGGCAACUCCAGGACAGUAGCAAGGGGCUCUGCAUCAGGUUGUGGCUGCUGGAUCUGGUAAAACCCAGAGAAAAAAAUAUUAGAAAAAAAAAACCCAACACCUGUCAGGAAGCUCCAGGUGUUGAUUUAUCAAGUUACUGCUUUGUUUCUCCUGCAAACUUUUACUGGGGAGAAGCAAAUGAGGGAUUAAUGCAAAACUUAACCAGCAGUAGGUAACCAACUAAUAAAUAUGUUAAAAAACUUUAAAGUUAUCCCAAUAGAUGACUAUACAACCUCAGACUUUUCUUGAAGUGCAGUCAAGUGUGUUAUGGUGUUGAUUUUGCAUAAAUUGAACUUUAUUAGAAAGCACUUAUGGAAAACUUACCCUUAUCUGCACUGAAGACCAAUGAGUUCCCUUGAGGGGCACAAGAGGCCCUGGUGAGCAGCAGGACACAAGAGUCUUAGUUCUGCUGCAUCACGUAAAUCUCUCUUCCCCACGUGCAUCCCCAAAGACAGCAAAAAUGAGAUGGUUGGUGGUGCCCAGGCCUGGCUUGGGGAGUUUUAUUUCACUAAUGGUUGGGAAGCAUUUUGAGAUCCUCAGAUGGAGGAUGCUAUGCAAAUGGAACCUUACUGAUGGGAAGAGAAGUUGGGAUGCGCAUCUGAACCUCAUAAAAAAGGGGAUUACUUGGCAUUUCAGCUCUUGGGGAGA